AUGGUCGCAGAAGGUCGAAAGGAAGUCAUCGCCGAGACUAUGGCAGCCCUUGUUGAUGUUGGUUGCGCUUCUCACGACAAUGGCAGGGAGAACGAGCCGGUUGAAGUCUACAAGCUGAAGAAGAAGAUUGCUGAGAUGCAGAGGCAUCAUGAGCAGUCGUUGAAAGAAGCUCACGCCUUGCUGCUGGAGUACGAGCGAGAGAACGUUGGAAGUGCGACAGCCGCCCUGCCCGCCGCCACGAGCGAUCACAACAAGGUUUACGCGCUGACGUCUCCCAGUAACACACGAGAUCCUGAAUUCAUCAAGAAGAACUGGAUCGGUCUGGAGGACAUUCUAAGAGACUCCGGCGAUGCCUCGCAGGACGGAGGCAGCGGGGCUUCGAGUCUAGUGGAGCGGAAGAAGGUGGGGAGGGAGGAGAUGUUUCAGCGAGGUCGGAGCAGCACGAGCUCGUCGAGCAACUUGCAGGGCCCGUUCGAGAUCGUCCCGGCGGCUGAGGAGGAGCUGGUGGCAGAGCGGGACAGGAGCGCGAGGCUACAGAGAGACUUGGCGAGCUGCCAGUCAUUCCUGCGGGACCUUGUCGCCUCGCUGGAUACGUUCAGGGAGGAGGGAGCCGAGAUGUCGAGGAGGAUCGUAGAGGCGGAGGAUGCGAGGAGGGAGACAGUAAGCAGUGUGAGGAUGCAGAACUCGAGGCUGCUGGGAGCGUUAAGGGACGCCAUGUCGGAGAAGGAGGAGCUAGAGAAGCAAGUGAAGGGUAGGAAGGGCCAGGGUGAAGGGCCAGAGCCUGACGUGCCUGUCUUAGUCCUGAGCGCAAAGUGCGAGGAGAGCGCGAGGGGGAAGGAGGAAGAUCAGCGGAAGAUCGAAGGCCUGCAGGCGGAGUGCAGGAGGCUGUCGCAGGCCGUGGAGGCGAUGAAAAAUGUGGAAGUGAGCGGAGAAAAGGAGAUGGGGGAGCUGCAGAGGAGAGUGGCAAUCUCGCAGAGUGACCUAGUCCAGGAGAGGAAGGCGAGGCUGAAGCUGCAGGAUGAGAUUGAGAAGCUCAAGGAAGCGGGGGAGAAGAACGAGGCGGAGGGUCAGAGGUUGGAGAGAAUCAUCUCCGACAACGAGCAGGCGAUUGAGAAGAAGCUUUUGAAAGGGCAGGAAAUCCUCAAGGAGGAGGGGAGGCAGAAGGAGGCGGAGAUCGACUGGCUCAAGUCAGAGGAGAGGAGGAGAGCUGAAGAGAUCGAGAGGCUGUCCCGCGAGCUCUCUGUUGAGCGCACCAAGAGCGAGGAGGUGCAGGCGCAGCUGAAGCACUCAAGCGAUCUCGUGAAGGAGCUGAGGCAGGUGGUCCUCCUGAAAGACGACGAGAUCAAUCAGAUCGAGCUGCAAUCCGCCAUGAAGGACAGGAAGCUCGAGCUCUACGGCAAUUCCAUCAGAGAAUUGGAGGAUGUCAAGUUUGAGCUGGUCAAACAGCUCAAGGCUGAAAGGAAGACGUUAGUCGAGGCCGGCGAGCGUGCCGAGCGGGAGAAAGUUGACGCGGAGGAGAGAAUGAUCGCGUACAAGGAGGAGGUUCAGUUGCUGCAAGCUGCUAGCAGAGAGCAGGAGAGGGCGCGGGAGCAAGCCAGUAUGAGAGACAGCACAGCAAGCAUGACAGCAUUCCCUCCUCGCAAAGAUGCGACAACACAGAGUUCUCAAGAGAAUUUCCCCAACUUCCUCGCGGGGCUCGAGACUUCUCAGUCGACAAGGACGCUGCAAGGCACGAGCAACACCAAGAAGCUUGAAGACUUCGAGCUGAGCUGGAAGUUGUAUUCUGACUCUGUUCACCUCCGCGUCCUCGACCUCGACCGGACUUCGUCCUCUAUCGAGAAGUGCCUGGCGAUCCUGGACGCUGCUCUUGCCAGCGACAGAAACAGCGUCAGUCGGGAGAGCGAGCAGCAGGAGCUCAUGGCAGUGAAGGAAGUGCCCAACACUGCUGCUUGUCUGACCCCCUGCCAUUUGCCGUGCUGA